GUGUCGGACGGAAGCCUUUAGCUCGAACCAGAGAACCGACUGUCUCCUCUGUGGUCUCCGAACAGAGAUGGAUCGGUACCGGGAGGUUCCGGACGGAGUUCUGGAGCCUGAAACGAAGCUACGAGGAGAAGUUCUACCCUCAGAUGUCCGAAAAGUGAUUGUUGGUGAGGAGGAGCAGCAGCAGUGGAGCCCCAACCAGCCUCCCCACGUUAAAGAGGAGCAGGAGGAACUGUGGAGCAACCAGGAGGGAGAUAUCACCAAGUUCACCUUCAGUGCUUUCUCUGUGAAGACCGAGGAUGACGGAGAGCUUCGUCAUAGCCAAGGUGAACAGAUGAAAACUGAAGCUGAUGGAGAGGAACCACAACAGAGCUCAGAUCUACAUACUGAAGACAAGGAUUCAGACACCUCAGACACUGAAGUCAGUGACGGCGACUGGGAGCAGAGCAGAGAACCUUCGGCAGGUUUAUACUCCCUGAAAAACAGUGAGUUUACUGUCAUUGAUAUUAACUGUAAUGUGGAGAGAUCCUUCAGUUGCUCUGAGUGCGGUCAAAGGUUUGGCCGCAAACCACAUCUCAAAGCACACAUGAGGAUUCACACGGGAGAGAAACCAUUCAGCUGCUCAUUUUGUGGUAAAAGAUUUUCUCAGAAGGGAAACUCCAUCAGUCACAUGAGACUUCACACCGGAGAGAAACCAUUCAGCUGCUCUGUCUGCCAGAAAACCUUCAGAUACAGCGGAGACGUCAGCAGACACAUGAAGAUCCACACGGGGAAGAAGAAGGGGAACAGCAGGAUCAGAGAUGCGGUCAGCAGUAGCAUCAGCAAUGGACCAGAGCCAAGCAGGAACAUAAGUCCACACAGAAAUUCAGAACCAGGAGCUGAUGGAGAACCUGAGAUUGCAGCUAGUGAUGGCUGCUGGAAGGAAACCAAAGAGCCUCGGUCAGAUUUAAACUUUUGUCAGACUGAUGGAGUGUCUGUCAGUGAUGGUAGGAAUGAUCCUGACAGAGAAUCUUUCAGCUGCCCUGAAUGUGGCAGAACUUUCUGCCGCAGAGAUCAUCUGAUGAGCCACAUGAGGACACACACUGGAGAGAAACCGUUCAGCUGCUCCGUCUGUAACAAACGUUUCAGCUGCAGUGGGAACAUUCUGGCUCACAUGAGGAUUCACACGGGUGAGAAACCGUUUGAAUGCUCGUUCUGUGGCAAAAGUUUCAGCCAGAAAGGAACUCUGCAGCUACAUGAACGAAUUCACACGGGAGAAAAACCAUUUAGUUGCCCUUUCUGUGAGAAAAGGUUUGCACAUAAAAGAAGAAUGACACUGCACAUGUCUGUCCACACUGAGGAGAAGCGCUUCAGCUGCAGCGCCUGUGACAAAAGGUUCACCUGGUACACACAGCUGAAGACCCACAGGUGUGUCGGUGAGUCAUCACAGCCUCGCCAGAGCCAAUCAGAGAAAAAGGCUUCUCCUAAGGAGUUCUUCAGCUGCUCUGAGUGUGGGAAAAAAUUCAGUCUGAAGGGAAACCUGAAGACGCACAUGAGAAUUCACACAGGAGAGAAACCAUUCAGCUGCUCGGUGUGUGGGAAAGGUUUUAAACAAAACGUUCAUCUGACAGAACACAUGACGAUUCACACAGGGGAGAAACUCUACAAAUGCAGAACCUGUGGGAAGGGAUUCAAUAAGAAGUUACUUGUGAAAAACCACACCUGUGUUUAACCUUGGCUUCAAUCCAUGGAUUUAUAUUUAUAUACAGCAGAGUGGUACUGAAUUCGCAGAGAAACCCAGACAAAUGCAGAUUUUUUAUAUUUGUUGAAUUUAUUUUAAAAGUUCCAAGCAGUAGCAGGGCCAUAAAUGUUCCUGUAUGUGUGGAACUGCCAGCGCCAACACUGUUCACAUGAAACAUCCAACAGUUAAUGAACUCUGAAAGCUACAGAGUCAGACAGAGCUCUGAGUUGUCCUGCAUGCAUCAUAUCAUCAUUUAAUCAUAUGCAGAAAGAUGUGACUCUGAAGCAGCUGAAUAUCAAAGUGUGAGAUGUAUUCACUGCUGAUGGGGUUAAACUUGAAGUGCCACUGAAUCAGAGCUGAAUUCUAUGAGAACACUGAGCGACGGUUACAUUUCACAGUGAAGUCGUGAUUGUGUGGUCGUCUGAAGGUGUCACAUCAUGUUUACAGGGUUACUCCAUGAAAAAUCAGUGCGUCCUCCUCAGAAGCAUCUGAUUCUUUAUCUACAGUAACUUUAGGAUGUUUAAUGAAACCAUACAGAGUCUUGCCUUCAUCGUAUGAAUAUUUUCACGGUUAAAUACCCUUCAAGUACAUCGAGAUAGGUCCUCCUUUCAUUUACUUUGCCCAGCAUUUUUUUGCAACCAAAUCAAUUUAAUAUCCGCUCCUGGUGUUUUAAUCUAAAGAUAACAUCUCAUGCAUUCAUAUUUUAACUUUGGUGAAUGUAUCUUGGGGCUGUGAAAUACAGAAACAACUUUGUUGUUCACGUUUUAUGGAACAGUUGGUAUCUUGGUAUCAACUCUGUUCUAUGGGCAGAAAAUAAUGUUGCAGGAACUGUCGAGGUUUAAUGUACGUCAGGAAAUACAUCCUCAGAUUUUGCUUUUGCCAAUGUUAAACUGUGACUGUAUUGGAAAACAGUUCCCCUCAGAGUAGAUCCUGUCUACAGAUGGUUCUGGUAGGUUCUGGAGGUAUAACGGUUCUUCCAUUGUCUAGAACUGGCU